ACCCGGCUCCGGUCCUGGCGCGCACCACACGCUUUUACGCGCGGUUACGCACUGCGUGCGCCUCCAAACCGUAGCAGGUGCAGAUGCUAUGGGGGACGUCGGGGGGAUGACCUACACCGGGGCGACGGAGGAUUUCUUUUCUAGCAUCCCAUUCAACAGCACAUUAAGUUUCGGAAGUCUGGAGGACAUCGACGUGUCGGCUGACGGCAGUCCCGUCCUGCGCUGCUUCAUCUCCGUUACCUACGCGGUGGUGUGCGCCGCGGGUUUGGUGGGCAACCUAUUUGUGCUUGUGUUCAUUCGAGCAAGGCAGGCGCGCAGGAGGUCCGAGACCAACGUGUUCGUGCUUCACUUGGCCGCGACGGACCUCCAGUUCGCUCUCACGCUGCCGUUCUGGGCCGCAGACGCCGCUGACUUCAGCUGGCCGUUCGGCGACGUAAUGUGCAAGCUCGUGCUUUCGGCCACGGUGAUGAACAUGUACGCGGGCGUGUUCUUCCUCACCGCCAUGAGCGUGGCGCGCUACAGGUGCAUGGUGUCCGCGCUGGGCGAGCGCGCUGGCGCGCCAAGGACGCGCACCCCGGUCCAGCUCGUGGCCUUGGCACUGUGGUUGCUGGCCACCGCCGCCACCGCGCCUACCCCCAUUUUCUCCACGGUCAACGAGGUGGCAGGAGAGAAGCUCUGUCUUUUACGAUUCCCAUACGGACAGCGCUGGUUAGCCGCGUAUCACCUGCAGAAGAUCUUGCUCGCCUUCGUGAUACCCAUGGCCGUCGUCUCCAUCAGCUACCUGCUCCUGCUGAGGCUCGUGCGCCGCCGCAGCAUUAAGCCCCGUGCGCGCGUCACCCGCUCGGUCGCCGUGGUGGUCCUGUCCUUCUUCCUCUGCUGGAUGCCCAAUCACGCCGUGACGCUGUGGGGGGUCUUGGUGAAGUUGAACGCCGCGCGCUGGGACAGGGCGUACUACGUGGUGCACACAUACGUGUUCCCUCUCACCGUGUGUCUGGCGCACGCGAGCAGCUGCUUGAACCCGGUCAUUUACUGCCUCACGCGCCGGGAGUUCAGGCGGAAGCUCAGAGACUUUUUCAGCCUAUGAACGAAUAUUUAAAACAGAUAAAUCGAAAGCUUAAUAUUUAAUAUUGAAAAUUCGGCACUAUGACUACAUUUCUAAAUAAGCUGUAAAUUUUCUUCAUGUCUAAUCAUGUAUUCAGACGUCUAGACAUUGUUCUGCAUUUCCACUAGUGCUCUUGGACCUUUGGAGCACACUGUGCAUUGGUUAUUUUUUGUGAUCAUUAUGAACAAUUACACAAAAUAAGAAGAAAGAAAUCUGUAUAGUUCCAUCAAAAUGUGUUAUUCCAAGUUUUGGAGGUGCAUCAGUGGUCAUUACGGUCUGAUUCAGUUCUUGAAUUAAUUUAAAAGAUACUAUAGUAAAGGCACAGAAGAUGUACUUGUGAUGGCACCACACCAGGAUAAGGAAAGCUAUGGUGCUUUUAUUUCCAAGCUUGUUAAGAAUCCAGGUCUAGAAGAACCAUUAAGGAACGAAGAACCAUUAAGGAACGUCUUAUCUUAUUUUAAAGGAGAACCUCAGGGAGAAUUGGAGAACAUUGACAACUACCAAAACUAAGCAAUGUACUUUAUUCUAAACUAUUCAGAGUAAUGAGGCGUGACAAUGUAAUCACUGUGGCAUAAAUACCAAGAAAUCAGAAGUGAAAUAUGUUCCUUUACCAGUCUGAUUCAUCUACAUAAACAAUAUAUUUUUUAUCUAAUGUGGAAAGUUAGCAAGAUUUGUUUCACGCUGUGCGGAAAUAAUGGGCUGAUAAUCUUAUCCAUAACCAUCUCACAUCAAAUUGCUUUUCAUUACUCCAUUAGUCCAUGUCCAGAAGGAUCUGAAUUAAAAUGAAGGAAACAACAGGAACCCUUAAAUAUGUCUUGAUUCUACCAUGUCUGCCUGAAGAACACAUUAUAUGUGAAUGUUGCAUCUCCUUUCGAAGAAAAUUGCCACGUUCCCAAGAAUCUCAUUUCACGAUACGGUUCCAGUACUGUCUCUGACUCUGCCAUCUAAUUUAAGACCCGAAGAUCAGA